GAAGUGCCGGCUCGUUGUUUGUAGAUUAAAAUGCAGGUGUCCAAUGUGAACGAUGUGAAAAUUUAUAAUUUAAGCUACGGAAAGUCUCUUCCUGAUUGGUUGUCUGAUCGGAAGAAAAGACAAUUACAAAAAAGAGAUGUCGACGUUCAGCGUCGGAUUGAGCUCAUCCAGGACUUUGAGAUGCCCACAGUAUGCACGACCAUCAAAGUAUCCCGGGAUGGACAAUUCAUUCUGGCAACAGGCACUUACAAACCUACAGUUCGCUGUUAUGAUACCUACCAGCUGUCCCUGAAAUUUGAACGUUGCAUGGAUUCAGAUGUUGUGACCUUUGAAAUCCUGUCAGAUGACUACUCUAAGAUAGUGUUUUUGCACUGCGAUCGCUAUGUGGAGUUCCACUCUCAAGGUGGACACUACUACAAGACUCGUAUUCCAAAGUUCGGACGGGACUUUUCAUACCACUACCCAUCCUGUGACCUCUACUUUGUGGGGGCGAGUUCAGAGGUGUACAGACUGAACCUUGAACAAGGUCGCUUCCUGAACUCCCUUCAGACAAAUGCUGCGGAGAGCAAUGCAUGUGACAUCAACCCUAUUCAUCACUUGUUUGCUACUGGAACCUCUGAGGGAAGGGUUGAAUGCUGGGACCCUCGUGUCCGGAACAGAGUGGGCAUCCUGGACUGUGCUCUGAGCAGCGUGACUCAAGGAACAGAAGUUCAGGGUUUACCUUCCAUCAGUGCGCUGAAGUUUAACAGUUCCCUCUCCAUGGCAGUCGGCACAAGUACAGGACAGGUGCUCCUGUAUGAUCUGCGCUCCAGCCAACCACUGCUGGUCAAAGACCACUUUUACAACCUGCCAAUCAAAUCUCUCAACUUCCACCAACAGAUGGACCUCAUCUUGUCUGCUGACUCCAAGAUAAUAAAAAUCUGGAACAAAGACACCGGGAAGCUGUUCUCCUCUAUACAGCCUCAGACUGACAUCAAUGAUGUUUGCAUGUAUCCUAAUUCAGGUAUGCUCUUCACGGCCAAUGAAGACCCCAAAAUGAACACAUUCUACAUCCCAGCUCUGGGCCCUGCACCGAAGUGGUGCUCGUUCCUUGACAGCCUAACGGAGGAGCUGGAGGAGAAUCCAGAGAGCGCCGUGUACGAUGACUACAAGUUUGUCACCCGGAAGGACCUUGAAAAUCUGGGUUUGUCUCACUUGGUGGGAUCAUCUUUCCUGAGGGCCUACAUGCACGGCUUUUUCAUGGAUAUACGACUUUAUCAUAAGGUGAAAGUCAUGGCUAACCCUUUUGCAUACGAAGAGUACCGCAAGGAUAAAAUCCGUCAGAAGAUUGAAGAGUCCAGAACACAGAGAGUUCAGAUUAAGAAGCUUCCUAAAGUGAACAAGGAUCUGGCUCUCAAACUGAUGGAGGAGGAGGAGGAUGGAGCAAAGGUUGGGGCUUCUAGGAAAAAGAAGAGCAAGGCGCUCCCUAGCAUACUAGGAGACGAUCGUUUCAAGGUGAUGUUUGAAAACCCAGAAUUCCAAGUGGACGAGCAGAGCGAGGAGUUCCGGUUGCUCAACCCCAUCGUCUCCAAGGUGGGACAGAAAAGAAAGAAGAAGCUGCGUCUGCUGGCGGAGCAGGCUACUGCUCAACAGGCGGCUGACGACGAAGAGGAGCCGGAAGGAAAAGCCAGCUCCGAGGAGGAAAGCUCUGACGAUGACAAGAGCUGGGUGGAGGAGGUGAGGGAGCAGCGGAGGUUACUGUGGCAAGAGGGCAGAGAUAAGCGAAGGCAGGACAGGAAGGAAGCUGACCGCAACACCGUCCUGCUGGAGCCGGACCAGAAAGAAGGGGGGGGGUCCUCAAACAUGGCUGAGAGCAAGACAAAGAGCCAGCCGCAGUUUUAUCAGCUCAAAGCUGGAGAGGAAUUCAGAAGUUUCAACAGCAUGGCGCUCAAACACAAGAUGCAAAAGGUUUCUCUGGAGGAUCGGCUGAGACUGGAGGAAAAGUCGGGCGUCAGCAACAUUGUCAACACAGCAGUGGGCAGCAAACAGCUGACCUUCACUCUCAAAAAGUCGGAGCAGCAGAGGAAACAGCAGCAGGCGGACCGGGAACACCACGAGGAGAGGAAGAAGCUGAGGCGCUCUGCCGGACACCUGAGCAGCAGCCGAGGGAGAGGCUGGGGCAGCAGAGGAAGAGGAAGAGGACACUUCUGAAGAGACUGGACAAGUAAAGACAGAUGAAACAGAACUGUUCUCAAACUAAAGUCCAAAUUGUUUAGUAUUAUUGUUAUUAUUAUUUACCUCUAAACAGUAGGGGAGAGUUGCAGACAAGAAGACUAGAAAUGAAGUGACAAGCCUGUCCUCCUGGGUGGUUUUUACGUCCUCUCUGUAAACACUGCAUCUUUCAAAAGGUGUCAGUUUGUGUAUAAAUGUAAAAACAGACUAGGGUAUGUACGUCUUUACUGCAGAUAAUUCAGCAUGAGGAACUUAAAGAGGGUUGAGUUCCUGAAUGACUCUUUUUAACAGUCAGUUGUGUCCAACCAUCAGUUGUAGAUGUGGACGAGAAAUGUAUUUUUAUCAUGUUUGAAAAUGAAAAUUGUUGCUCUAACACAACUACUUUUACAAUACAUUAUGUUUCAUCCAAGGUUUACUUUUCUGUGUUUUUUUUUUUUUUAUUGUUUAAAAUCAAUGUUUAGAUUAUUUGCAUACCAAAUGCAUCAAGACAUCCAUAGUAUGUCUUAAUUACAGCAGAUUGUUACCCAUAAACCAAGAGUAAGAGCAGGAAGAGAAACAUACUUUAGUAUUUAGGAAUCAAAUACCUGAUGUUUUUACCGAUCCACCCCAAGUUAUUCCGAGCAGAUAAUUCCUGUCAAAUAUGAUUACCAUUAGUCCUUGCCUAGAAGUUUAUUUUAAACUCAUCAGAUGUCAACUUGAUUUUUCCAUAA